AGCUGCGGCUAACACUGUCAAAAAUUAACUUUAAUUACGGUCUCUGCGGUCUUCGCGACCGACAUCGACUAAUUUACUGACUCGACGUUAGCUGUUAAAGGUACAUAUUCGCCAGGAGAAAGUAUAAAUUAUUUUUUUCUAAAAUGACCAUCGGAGCUCGAAUGGACUUGGACAAGCCGCUUUUUGACCAAACCUCAUUCAUCGGGCGUCUGAAGCACUUUUUCUGGGUGACAGAUCCCCGUACGUGCGUGUGUUCAGAGGAAUCUUUGGACAACGCCAAGAAUUUAAUAGUCUCUUACAGGAAGGGAAAUGAGCCUGAAGGAACGACCCAGGAACAAAUUAUUUUUGCGCGAAAACUGUAUGAGAGUGCAUUUCACCCAGACACAGGUGACAAGCAAAAUGUUUUCGGACGGAUGUCAUUCCAGGUGCCAGGUGGCAUGGCCAUCACAGGGUUUAUGCUUCAAUUCUACCGGACUGUUCCUGCUGUUGUAUUUUGGCAGUGGGUGAAUCAGAGCUUCAACGCACUCGUAAAUUACACAAACAGAAAUGCGAAAUCUCCGUUGACAACCACUCAAUUAGGUGUUGCCUAUGUUUCUGCGACCACUUCAGCUCUGGUAACCGCGAUCGGUUUUCGCUCAUUCUUGGAAAAACGGGCUGGAACCUUGCUGCAGCGAUACGUCCCGUUCGCAGCAGUUGCUGCCGCCAACUGCGUCAAUAUUCCGCUAAUGCGCCAGAAUGAGCUAGUCGACGGAGUUGACAUUUACGAUGAGAAUGGGAAUCUUGUUGGCCAGUCAAGGGUUGCUGCAGCGAAAGGAAUAUCUCAGGUUGUCUUUUCAAGGAUUGCAAUGGCGGCACCAGGGAUGACCAUCCUGCCAAUUGUGAUGGAGAGGCUGGAGAAGCGCGCCUGGAUGCAAAGGAUAACUGUGCUUCAUGCUCCUCUGCAGGUCUUGCUGGUGGGAUGUUUCUUAACGUUCAUGGUGCCAACAGCGUGUGCCCUGUUCCCUCAAAGAUGUUCUAUUAAAACAUCAACAAUUGAGCGAUUUGAGUCUGACAGCUUCAAGAAGAUUCAGCUAAACUGCAAUGGACAGACUCCCAGUGUUGUUUAUUUCAAUAAGGGUCUCUAAAAUGCAAUUAACUCAAAAGGAUGGUAACCUCAAACGAUGUAAUCUCUACCUCUGUUCCUAUUGUUUUGCACCCUUUGGAUUAAUGUAGGCUAAUUUUGUUAUCCUGUUUUGAGAUAAUAACGUGAUACGUGUCUAGCGAUAAACUGCACAAAAGCGACAAUAAAUAAAUUGGGUAAAAUGCUUUAUCCGCAAAGUUGUGGGUGUUAGAGAUAAAUUAAA